AUGACGAGUCUGAUCAACCAAAACGAUGAGCGCCAGAACGCUGGCACGGCGGCAGCGUGCCGCCAGACCACCGCAACCCCGGCCUUAGACCUCCGUGGGAUACUCGACCAUUGCGGAACAACCCUGCGUCUCUCCUCGCCUCUGUUCUCCGCUGCUGCGUCGAUUGCGAAAUGGAGUGGCCACCGUUCCCGCGGUCGUCGUGCCCCUCCGCCACCAGCCCCUCGGUCCCAGCCGUUUCUUUACCCAGACUUUUGGCCAUUGCCCAGUCGACCAUUCAACACCUCACCACUUGUCUUCAUUCUAACAAUGUUUGUCCCAUCCAGCACCGUGGAAUUGAAAGAUGACACCGUCAUCGUGGUGCUUGGCGCCUCGGGUGACCUUGCGAAGAAGAAGACGUUCCCCGCUCUCUUCGGCCUCUUCCGCAACAAGUUCCUCCCCAAGGACAUCAAGAUCGUCGGCUAUGCGCGGACGAAGAUGGACCACGAUGAAUAUCUCAAGCGCGUGCGCUCCUAUAUCAAGGUCCCCACAAAGGAGAUCGAAGAGCAAUUAGAUCAGUUCUGCCAGCUGUGCUCGUACGUCUCCGGCCAGUACGACCAAGAUGACUCGUUCAUCAAUCUCAACAAGCACCUUGAGGAGGUCGAAAAGGGUCGCCAGUCCAAGACCCAGAACCGUGUCUUCUACAUGGCUCUCCCCCCGAGCGUUUUCACCACCGUGUCCGAGCAAUUGAAGCGCAACUGCUACCCCAAGUCCGGUCUGGCUCGCAUUAUUGUCGAGAAGCCCUUCGGAAAGGAUCUCCAGAGCUCGCGGGACCUGCAGAAGGCUCUGGAGCCCAACUGGAAGGAAGAGGAAAUCUUCCGCAUUGAUCACUAUCUCGGCAAGGAGAUGGUCAAGAACAUCCUCAUUCUGCGAUUCGGUAACGAGUUCUUCAAUGCGACAUGGAACCGCCACCACAUCGACAACAUCCAGGUGAGAUUUCUCCGCGGCGCAUUGGCAGGUCACCAGUUGGAGAGGUUCGCGAGUCUAACCAGAACAUGUCUGCACCAGAUCACUUUCAAGGAGCCCUUCGGUACCGAGGGUCGUGGCGGUUACUUCGACGAGUUUGGCAUCAUCCGUGAUGUGAUGCAGAACCACCUUCUCCAGGUUCUGACCCUGCUCGCCAUGGAGCGUCCCAUCUCCUUCUCGUCCGAGGACAUCCGUGACGAGAAGGUCCGCGUUCUGCGUGCGAUGGACGCCAUCGAGCCCAAGAACGUCAUCAUUGGCCAGUACGGCCGCUCUCUGGAUGGCAGCAAGCCCGGCUACCUGGAGGACGACACCGUGCCCAAGGACUCCCGCUGCCCCACCUUCUGUGCUCUGGUCGCCUACAUCAAGAACGAGCGCUGGGACGGUGUUCCCUUCAUCCUGAAGGCUGGCAAAGCCCUCAACGAGCAGAAGACCGAGGUGCGCAUUCAGUUCAAGGACGUCACCUCUGGUAUCUUCAAGGACAUCCCUCGCAACGAGCUGGUCAUCCGUGUUCAGCCCAACGAGUCGGUGUACAUCAAGAUGAACUCCAAGCUGCCUGGUCUGUCCAUGCAGACGGUGGUGACCGAGCUGGACUUGACCUACCGCCGUCGUUUCUCGGACCUGAAGAUCCCCGAGGCGUACGAGUCUUUGAUCCUGGAUGCGUUCAAGGGCGACCACUCCAACUUUGUGCGCGACGACGAGCUGGACGCCUCCUGGCGCAUCUUCACUCCCCUGCUCCACUACCUCGACGACAACAAGGAGAUUAUCCCCAUGGAAUACCCCUACGGCUCCCGGGGUCCCGCUGUCCUCGACGACUUCACCGCUUCAUACGGAUACAAAUUCAGCGACGCUGCUGGUUACCAAUGGCCGGUGACUUCCUCCGCCCCGAACCGACUGUAA